UUUUGUAACCCGGAAGGGGAAUCUUUCCCUGGUUGUAUUCUGUUUUCAAGUGGCUUCAGCUACUGCUGCUACGGGAAUCGUCGCUGAAGGAUGGUGUGCGAAAAAUGUGAAAAGAAACUUGGUACUGUUAUCACUCCUGAUACAUGGAAAGAUGGUGCAAGGAAUACCACAGAAAGUGGCGGAAGAAAGCUGAAUGAAAAUAAAGCUUUGACCUCAAAAAAAGCCAGAUUCGAUCCAUAUGGAAAGAAUAAGUUCUCCACUUGCAGAAUCUGUAAAAGUUCUGUGCACCAGCCAGGUUCUAAUUACUGCCAGGGCUGUGCCUACAAAAAGGGCAUCUGCGCCAUGUGUGGGAAAAAGGUUUUGGACACGAAAAACUACAAGCAAACGUCUGUCUAGAUGUAUUGAUGAAGUUUCUGGCUAUCGGAUUUCAUUUUCUGCUUUAAAUUUUCAAGGCAUAUCAUAGAUGUUCAAGUUACAGAAUCACACGUUUUAAGACAAUUAAGUUAAAACCAGGGAAUUUGAUUAGUAUUCAUUUUUUUGCUCUCAAGUUCUGAGUAGCAGCAGUUUAAUUAGUCUGCCUUGUGUGCAUUUGAUUAAAGCAGAAUAAGUGGCAAAUUUAACAACAAAAAAUAUUGGCCCAGUUCUCUAUGCACUUUUUAUUUAACAUUAUUCAUGUAUUCUUACUGUCUUUUCCCUCUACUUAUAUCGUUUGCUCAGAACUUGGCAUCCAGACUUACACUCUUUGGUCACGUAUUCCCUUGUUGGUUGCCUAGUUCUUAGAAUCAGCAGUACCUUAAUUAAUUGCAGCUUCACAGGGUAUUUAAGUAUCUGAGACCAUUAUGGCUGAAUGGUUCCUUAGCCCAGACCUAAAUCAAAAGUUGUAUAUAUGAUUUUUAGAAAUUUGUUCUUGAACUGAUAGUGCUAAUAAUACCUUUCAUAUGAGAAUAAGAACACAAGGGAUACCACAUACAUAUCCAAGUGAAUACACUGGAUUUCAGGAAAACACAUGACCUUGAAUUCACACUAUUAUGAAAACCAAGAGAACAGUGUUUGUUAUGAUGAUAUACAAUGGAAAUGAAUUACCACUCUUUGGGAAAGCUCUUAGAAGCAAAAAUGAAGCUUCUUUAAUUCUCUCUCCCCACCCCCAACCAAAAAAUUAGAACAAAGCAAACACUUUGAUUCUUAAAAUAUAUGUAUAUAUCCUCAAAGAAAGAUUUUUGUUUUACUGCCAUCGGAGGUUCGGGACUUCUGCUUUGGAAACCUGUAGCCUACUAAGGGAGACCAAGAAAGUGUUCCCUAAUGUCAAGUUCAGUCUGUAUAAAUACCAUCAUCAGAUGUGUAGAGUAGAUGACAUGAUGUACAUAAUAACAGAUACUGCAUUUUUUAUUUUAAAAUUAUGGAAAAUAAAGUUUUAACUGAUUAUAAGUUUUUAAAAAUAGCGUUUCUGGGAUACAUUGUUAUUAAUAUCCAGAAAGAUCUCUAGGAUAAUGUCAAAUAUAAUAAAUAAUAGCUGCAAAGACAGGAAAUAUCUCCUCAUGCUUUAAACAAUUUAGGACUAUUAGUUAAAAUCAACAAAAGGGACUCAUCAUAGGACCCAGUUAGAGGGUGGGCCAGGUACGUUAACAGUUGGGUGGCCAGCUUCGGGAAAGGUGUGUUUCCCAGGUGUUACCUGGCACCGGGACUUCCACCGCUCACUUUCAUACUCAGGCCUCCAGUAGCCUCCCUCCUUAAAUGGUCCUGGGGCCGGACUCGGGUCCUCCUAGGAAGGUUUCCGUUAGGGUGGAACCUCAGAACAGAAUAUAAGUACUAUAAAUCUUCAUAUUGUUGAAACAAUGAUAUGACUGCCAUACAUUGAAUAGAAUUUAUUAGAUGAGAAGGAAAAUCCCAGACAAAACACAAACAAAAUAUUUUUUAAAAGAAGGCACAUAAACAGAAACUAUAACAUGAAAGAAGAUGACAGAACUAUGGCCGAUUUAAAGUAACUAAAAAUGAUAAGAUAAUUUUUAAAAUCUCAAACUUUCAAAUAAACAAUGUAGAUUAUCAGUAGAACACUUCUUUAGUACAUUGAUUAGAAUAUGUAGCUAUCAAAAUGAUACAAGAAUUACAUGUACUAUAUAUGCAGAAGUUUGGAUAUAUUGGUGGAAAGCAUCUGAAAGCCGUUAAUACUGUUUUUCUUCCCUGUGGACUGGAACUGAGGGUUGGGAAAAAAGAGACUUAAUUCUUUAUAGCCUCAUGCCAACCACCAAAUACUUUUUAGCUCCAAGUUUUCUUAGCUAGAGGAACAGGGGAGUACUAAUGAUUUUAGUGUCCUAGAAAUAUAUAUUAUAUACACAUGUGUGUUUGUUUUGAGAAUUUUAAAUAGAAAUAUAUUUAAAAUUCUCUCAUUUUAUUUUUCUCUAAUUAGAGAAUUAUUAGAGAUAAUUCUCUAAUUAUCUCUAAUUUAAAAUUUCUAAAUAUAUUAGAAAUAUAUUUAAAAGGCAUUGUUCUGCAUUUUGGCUUUUUUUCAGUGUUUCUCACAUUUACUUUACCAUUUUCUGUCCCUCGUCAAAUGUUUCUCCUUGACUCGUCUGAGAGCGCCUUGCAAGCAUCAUACCCGUCACCGCUCAGCACUGUGGGUACCUCGCAAGGACGAGGGUGCCAAGUACAGUUGUCAAAGUCGGCAGUUUAACACCGAUAACACUUUCGUCUACACUCCUUCGUACAAUUUUUUUGUUGUUCAGUUUUUUUUUCUGUUACAAUAUCUUAUCCAGGGUCGUAGGUUACUUUAUCUCACUCUUUAGCUUCUCUUUGUGUUUCAUAGUAUUGAUGUGUUUGAAGAAUAUAGGACAGUUAAGGCAUGGAACAUCCCUCACUGUGGGUUUUCCCGUGUUUCUUUGUGUCUAAGUUCAGGUUGUGCGGUGUGGGUUGAAAUGCGAUGAGAGAUGUGUCCCGCAGUGUCCCAUCCAGACUCACAGAGCAUCCUUUGUACCUUCAGGGGAAGUCCACUUAGAUCACUUGGCUAAGAUGUUGCCAGUCACUGUAAUUAUUGUCUCUCCUUUGCAAUUAGUGCUUAAUUUGUGAAGAGGAAUUUUUGAGGCCAUAUAGACAUUCUUUUUCUCAUUGAACCUGCCCCUCACAGAAUAGCACCCUUUGAUGAUUAUCUGAAAAAAGUUUUACUGUGAUGUUUACAAAAUUGUAAUUUUAUUAGUUGUCAUUCUGCUUUAAGGAAGCAGUUUCCCUUUAUCAGCAUAGAAUAAAUGCUUUUUUAAAGAAGA